GUCUGGGGCAGCAGACACCCAGCAGCUCAGAGCUGAUCUGACAGCAUGAAGGCCCUCCUGGCCCUGCCGCUGCUCUUGCUUCUCUCCACUCCGCCCUGUGCUCCCCAGGCCUCCGGGAUCCGGGGUGAUGCUCUGGAGAAGUCUUGCGUGCAGCAGCCGCUAGACUGUGAUGACAUUUAUGCCCAGGGGUACCAGGCAGACGGCGUGUACCUCAUCUACCCCUCGGGCCCCAGCGUGCCCGUGCCUGUCUUCUGUGACAUGACCACGGAGGGCGGAAAGUGGACGAUUUUUCAGAAGAGAUUCAAUGGCUCAGUGAGUUUCUUCCGGGGCUGGAAUGAUUAUAAGCUGGGCUUUGGCCGUGCUGACGGGGAGUACUGGCUGGGGCUGCAGAACCUGCACCUCCUGACACUGAAGCAGAAGUACGAGCUGCGAGUGGACUUGGAAGACUUUGAAAACAACACAGCCUAUGCCAAAUACAUCGACUUCUCCAUCUCACCCAAUGCUAUCAGUGCUGAGGAGGACGGCUAUACCCUCUAUGUGGCAGGCUUUGAGGACGGCGGGGCAGGUGACUCCCUCUCCUACCACAGUGGCCAGAAGUUCUCCACCUUUGACCGGGACCAGGACCUCUUUGUACAGAACUGUGCAGCCCUCUCCUCAGGAGCCUUCUGGUUCCGCAGCUGCCACUUUGCCAACCUCAAUGGGUUCUACCUGGGUGGUUCCCACCUCUCCUAUGCCAAUGGCAUCAACUGGGCUCAGUGGAAGGGCUUCUACUACUCCCUCAAGCGUACGGAGAUGAAAAUCCGCCGGGCCUGAAAUCCCUCAGGCUCCAGCCCUUCCCUGGCUGCCCCUGGUCUCUAAGAGCACAUCCUCUGCAUGCCCCCACCCCUCGCCCCCUUCAAUCAGGGGUGCUACCCUCUCAGCACCUCACAGAGGGCCUUGUGGCUCUAGCCCCAGCUGACCCCAUCACAUACCUCUGCUCCCCUCCCACGGAGGCUCUGGUGCCAAAAGCUUCCCAGGUUUUUUCUGAAGAGCCAGCCACACCAGCCCACAAUUGGCUGGGCUCACCAGACUCAUUGCUGCCUCUGCCCCAUUUCAAAGUCUGAGAGCCAGGAGCUGCUCUGAGGCUGCAGAUUUUUGUGCUCCACCAGCAUCCUUACCAUGGACAGCUUGCUCUGGGGCCAUCCUGCCAGGUUAGACUGAGCUGCUGCAGCCUGAGCAACACCCGCAACAUACCAGGCUGCACCAGGGCACUGCCUCUGGCUGUCCUCAGUGCACCUUCAUCCUCAGCCUCCUACCACCAACUUAUUCCCCACUAGUGAGCAACUUAUUCCCCAGCCCCAUUCUAUUAUACGCAGCUUUCCCGACCUGCCUGUCCCAGGCCCCCUAAAGCUCAAAGCCAUAACUGUAUACCAUCCUAAAAUAGCCACAUCCAAGGUAGGCAUAAAUGCAAGAUCCCACCUGCCCCAGGGUUGAGGUUUGGUCAUGUAAGGGGGUACAGGACAAGCUCUGUGGGGUGGGAUCAGGUGGGAAGUACAGGUCUCAAUAAACCUCAGGAUCUGAA